CUGCAGUGUACGGGCUGCAGCGGAACCCCUCAGGCCCUGUAUGGCUGUGGAUUAGCCGGGUUUGCGUGUUUCUGUGUAUAUGCGGAACUGAGCCAGUGAGCUGCCAUGGCUGAAGGCGGGGAAGCGGAAGACGAGAUCCAGUUUUUACGCACGGACGAUGAAGUGGUGUUGCAGUGUGUGGCCUGUAUCCAGAAGGAGAAUCGCAAGUUCUGCCUGUCUGCUGAGGGACUCGGAAAUCGGCUGUGUUACUUGGAGCCCACUUCAGAUGCCAAGAAUGUUCCUCCAGACCUUGCAAUCUGCAACUUUGUGCUGGAGCAAUCUCUUUCUGUGCGAGCACUGCAGGAAAUGCUGGCCAAAACCGGUCAAAAUAAUGAGGCAGCCCAUGGAGGUGGACACAGGACACUACUGUAUGGACACGCUAUCCUUCUGCGGCACUCCUUCAGUGGAAUGUACCUGGCUUGUUUAAAGACUUCCAGGUCUUUGACAGAUAAGCUGUCUUUCGAUGUGGGACUUCAGGAGGACUCAACAGGUGAGGCUUGUUGGUGGACUAUUCACCCUGCUUCUAAGCAGAGAUCCGAAGGGGAAAAGGUCCGGAUUGGUGAUGACCUUAUCCUUGUUAGUGUAUCAUCUGAACGCUAUCUUCAUUUGUCCAUCUCCACUGGCAAUAUUCAGGUGGAUGCCUCCUUUAUGCAGACACUGUGGAACGUCCACCCCACAUGUUCAGGCAGCAGUGUGGAAGAAGGAUAUCUCCUUGGAGGCCAUGUGAUGCGUUUGUUUCAUGGCCACGAUGAGGUUUUGACGAUCCCUGGUUCAGAUCAGAGUGAGGAACAGCAGAGAAUAGUCAACUAUGAGACUGGAAAAGUAGGCGCCAAGGCCAGGUCUCUCUGGAGAUUGGAACCUCUACGGAUCAGUUGGUGUGGCAGUCAUAUCCGCUGGGGGCAGCCCUUCCGCCUGCGUCACCUCACUACCGGGCACUAUCUGGCCCUGGCUGAAGACAAGGGUCUUGUGCUGCAGGACAGAGAGAAAUCUGACACAACCUCUACUGCCUUCUGCUUUCGAGCAUCCAAGGAGAAGCUGGAGUCGAGCCCAAAGCGAGAUAUUGAGGGUAUGGGAGUUGGGGAGAUUAAGUAUGGAGACUCGCUCUGUUUUGUAAUGCACAUGGCAACGAGCCUGUGGCUCUCGUACCAGGCACUAGAUGUGAAAUCGACACGUUUGGGGCCUCUCAAAAGACAGGCCUGCCUUCAUGCAGAAGGACACAUGGAUGAUGGGUUCACGCUUCAGCGCUGUCAGCAUGAAGAGUCGUGCGCUGCACGCAUCAUACGCAACACUACCAGGCUUUUUAGCCAUUUCAUUAGAGACCUGGACAGUCUGGCUGGAAAGAAUCGUAUGGCUUCAGUUCUUCUACCUAUCGAGGAAGUUCUCCAGACUCUUAAUGACCUCAUCACGUAUUUCCAACUUCCUGAUGCUGAGCUCGAACAUGAGGAGAAGCAGAUCAAGCUGCGAUCGCUUAAGAACCGACAGAACCUCUUCAAACAGGAGGGGAUGCUGACUUUGGUUUCUAACUGCAUCGAUCGCUUGAGUGUGUACAACAAUGCUGCACACUUCGGAGAAUGUGCCGGAGAGGAGGCUGCCAUGGCGUGGAAAGAUAUACUCAACCUGCUCUAUGAGCUUCUUGCUGCUCUGAUCAGAGGAAACAGGAACAACUGCACUCAAUUCUCCCAAAACCUGGACUGGCUGGUCAGCAAGCUGGAGAGACUGGAGUCGUCCUCAGGGAUCCUGGAGGUUCUCCACUGCAUCCUAAUUGAGAGCCCAGAGGCACUUAACAUCAUCCAAAGAGGACACAUCAAAUCAAUUAUCUCACUUCUAUAUAAACACGGUCGCAACCACAAGAUCUUAGAUGUGCUUUGCUCUCUCUGUGUUUGUAAUGGAGUGGCUGUGAGAGCCAAUCAAAACCUCAUCUGUGAUCAUUUGCUCCCAAAGAGAGACCUGUUGCUCCAGACAAGAUUGGUUAAUGAUGUCCAAAGCAUGAGACCUAACAUCUUUUUGGGUGUACGAGAAGGUUCAGCUCAGUACAAGAAGUGGUACUUUGAGCUGAUGAUAGACCAAGUGGAGCACUUCAUCACCAGCGAACCUUCUCACCUGCGGGUCGGGUGGGCCUCCACCAAAGGCUAUGCACCUUACCCAGGGGGUGGAGAAGGUUGGGGGGCCAACGGAGUUGGGGAUGACCUCUAUUCUUAUGGCUUCGAUGGACUUCACUUGUUGUCAGGGCGAAUCCCUCGGAGAGUGGCUUCAGUAAACCAGCACAUCCUUACGUCCGAUGACGUGGUCAGCUGCUGCUUGGAUUUGGCUGCCCCCAGCAUCUCAUUCAGGAUCAAUGGACAGCCGGUUCAAGGCAUGUUCGAGAGCUUUAACACCGACGGCCUCUUCUUUCCUGUGGUCAGCUUCUCUGCUGGUGCUAAGGUACGUUUCCUUUUGGGCGGUCGCCACGGAGACUUCAAGUUCCUGCCACCGUCAGGCUAUGCACCAUGCUAUGAAGCACUGCUCCCUAAAGAAAAGAUGCGAGUGGAGCCUGUAAAGGAAUACAAAAGAGAUAUAGAUGGCGUUAGAGACCUGCUGGGCAACACACAGUUCCUGUCGCAGGCCUCUUUCAUACCCACACCGGUGGACACCUCUCAGAUUGUCAUGCCACCUCACCUGGAGAAAGUGCGUGACCGUCUGGCAGAGAAUAUCCAUGAACUGUGGGCCAUAAACAAGAUCGAACUCGGCUGGUCUUAUGGAAAGAUAAGAGACGAUAAUAAAAGACACCAUCCCUGUCUGGUGGAUUUCUCCAAGCUGCCUGAAACUGAGAGGAAUUACAACCUGCAUAUGUCAACUGAGACGUUAAAGACUCUCUUGGCUCUGGGCUGCCAUGUGCUUCAGGUCAGUGUCAAUGCUGAAGAGGACCUGAAAAAAAUGAAGCUCCCAAAGAACUACAUGAUGUCAAAUGGCUACAAGCCCACACCGCUGGAGCUGUCUGAAGUAAAACUGACCCCUGCACAAGAGCUGUUGGUGGAAAAGUUGGCUGAGAACGCACACAAUGUUUGGGCCAAAGAUCGGGUCAAACAAGGCUGGACUUACGGCAUACAGCAGGAUCUGAAGAGCAAGCGCAAUCCUCGUCUUGUGCCGUAUGCGUUUCUUGACGAGCGCACCAAGAAGUCAAACCGUGACAGCCUACGCGAAGCCAUCCGAACACUAAUUGGAUGCGGCUACAGCAUCGAGCCUCCUGACCAGGAAGGGGCUCAUGUGGUGGAGAAGCUGAGCAUUGACAAAAUUCGAUUCUUCCGUUUGGAGAGGACAUACGCAGUGAGAACAGGAAAGUGGUAUUUUGAGUUCGAGGCUGUGACUGGAGGAGACACGAGGGUCGGUUGGGCUCGGCCAGGCGUGCGGCCCGAUGUGGAACUGGGAACUGAUGAUCAGGCAUUUGUCUUUGAUGGAUUUAAGGGCCAUCGUCUCCACCAAGGCAGCCGUUUGUUUGGCCGCUGCUGGCAUGCCGGUGACGUGGUGGGCUGCAUGAUCAACAUGGAAGACAAGUCCAUGAUUUUUACACUCAAUGGAGAAAUCCUUAUCACAAACAAGGGCUCUGAACUCUGCUUUGCUGACUUUGAGACUGAGGAUGGCUUUAUUCCCGUUUGCAGCCUGGGCCUUUCUCAAGUCGGACGGAUGAACCUCGGCAAAGAUGCCAGCACCUUUAAAUAUUACACCAUGUGUGGCCUGCAGGAGGGAUUUGAACCCUUUGCUGUCAACAUGAACCGUGAGGUCACCAUGUGGUUUAGCAAACGCCUUCCUACUUUUGUCGAUGUACCCAAAGAUCAAAGUCAUAUUGCGGUUACAAGGAUUGAUGGCACUAUCGAGAGCCCUCCAUGUCUGAAGGUCACACACAAGACAUUUGGGACACAGACCAGCAAUGCAGACAUGGUGUUCUGUCGUCUGAGCAUGCCCGUGGAGUUCCAUUCAACCUUCAAAAGUGUUCCUGUAAUCGACAUGAAUGGACUGUAUGACGAGGAAACACUCAAAGUUAAAUAUAGAUAUCCUGUGAAAUCAAUGAAACAUGUAGAUGAAGGGAGAAGAACAGACUAUAGUAACAUAACAAGUUACUACCACUCUGUCAGAAUAUUUGCUGGACAGGAUCCCUCAUGUGUGUGGGUUGGCUGGGUCACACCUGACUACCAUUACUACAGCAACUACUUUAACCUCAGCAAGAACCGGACCGUGACAGUUACACUAGGGGAUGAGCGAGGCCGGGUCCAUGAGAGUGUGAGAAGGAGUAACUGCUACAUGGUGUGGGGAGGUGACGUCGUCAGCUCCAGUCAUUCAUCCAGCAGGAGUAAUGUAGAUUUAGAGAUUGGCUGUCUCAUUGAUUUGGCUACUGGUUUAGUGACUUUCACCAUUAAUGGUAGAGAAAUUUCAACUUCACAUCAGGUGGAACCGAACACAAAACUUUUCCCUGCUGUGUUCAUACGCCCAACCAGUCCAAAUCUUUUCCAAUUUGAACUGGGAAAAAUCAAGAACAGUAUGCCUCUGUCAUCAGCCAUCUUCAAGAGCGAGCACAAGAACCCAGUCCCUCAGUGUCCUCCUCGGCUGGACGUCCAGACCAUCAAGUCGGUGCUGUGGAGUCGGAUGCCCAACACCUUCCUGAAGGUGGAGACGGCUCGAGUGAGUGAGCGACAUGGCUGGCAGGUGCAGUGUAUCGAGCCUCUGCAGAUGCUGGCUGUUCACAUUCCAGAGGAAAACCGAUGUGUGGAUAUCAUGGAACUGUCUGAACAGGAAGACCUGCGCAAGUUCCAUUAUCACACCUUGAAGCUCUACUGUGCCCUCUGUGCACUAGGUAACACCCGUGUAGCUCAUGCUCUUUGCAGUCACCUUGACCAAUCACAGCUUCUCUAUAUCAUCGACAACCAAUACCUGUCUGGCAUGCUGCGCCAAGGCUUCUACGAUGCUCUCCUCAGCAUUCACCUAGAGACGGCCAAAGCUGCCCGGCUUAUGAUGAACAACGAGUUCAUCAUCCCCAUUACUGCAGAGACUCGCAGUAUUCGACUCUUUAAGGAUCCUUCCAAGCACCACCAACCACCCGGUGUAGGACUCAGUACAUCCCUAAAACCCAGACUUAGCUUUGCUCCACCGUGCUUCAUUACUCCCAAGCGUGACCAACAUCUCUAUAGCCCUGAAAUUCCUUUGGACAUUCUGCGGGAGAAAGCAAUUUGCAUGCUAGCUGAGGCCGUUCAGGGUGGAGGAGACCAUAUUCGAGAUCCUGUAGGGGGCAGUGUGGAAUAUCAGUUUGUGCCAGUUCUAAGACUGAUAAGCACGCUCCUAACCAUGGGUGUUCUGACGAGCUUGGAUGUUCACAAGAUUUUGCUUCUCAUCGAGCCGAACGUUUUCGGAGAGCAGAAAGAGGAUGAAGUGGGGGAAGCUACGAUGAAGGAGGGGAUGACCAGAGCAGAGGAGAAGGCGGUGGAGGCUGGGGAAGAGGAAGCCAAAGAACCCAAGCAACCCAUUAAAGGACUUUUACAGAAAAGACUGCCAGAGUCAGUCAAACUACAGAUGUGUGAACUUCUUCAGUACUUCUGUGACUGUGAGCUAAGGCACCGUAUCGAGGCCAUCGUCUCUUUCUCUGACAGCUUUGUGUCAAAGCUGCAGUACAACCAGAAGUUUAGAUACAACGAGUUAAUGCUUGCUCUCAACAUGUCGGCUGCUGUUACAGCCAAAAAGACCAAGGAGUUCCGCUCACCGCCUCAGGAACAGAUUAAUAUGCUGUUGAACUUCAGCAUGGGAGAGGACUGUCCAUGUCCUGAGGACAUUCAGGAGGAGCUCUAUGAUUUCCAUAAUGAGCUUCGUUUACACUGCGGUAUUCCUAUGGAGGAGGAGGAGGGUGAACAGAACAUGUCCAUUAAGGGCCGUCUGCUGGCUUUGGUUUACAAGAUCAAGGGACAGCCACACAGAGCAGAACAGCAGCCCACAGAGAAUGAACAAACAGCCCCUUCCAACUUGAAGGAGCUGAUAUCCCAGACCAUGGUGAGCUGGGCUCAAGAGAGCCACAUCCAGGACCCGGAGCUGGUGCGUGUCAUGUUCAGCCUUCUGCGGCGCCAGUAUGACAGCAUUGGUGAGCUGCUACGUGCCAUGCGCAAGAGCUACACCAUCAGUGCCGCCUCUGUGCAAGACACCAUUCACCUCCUGGCCUCGCUGGGUCAGAUCCGCUCACUGCUCAGUGUCCGCAUGGGCAAAGAGGAAGAGCAGCUCAUGAUCGAUGGCCUUAGUGACAUCAUGAACAAUAAGGUGUUCUACCAACAUCCCAACCUGAUGAGAGUACUGGGAAUGCACGAGACUGUCAUGGAGGUGAUGGUGAAUGUGCUCGGGGGAGGAAAGUCUCAGGAAAUCGCGUUUCCUAAAAUGGUUGCCAGCUGCUGUCGCUUUCUGUGCUACUUCUGUCGAAUCAGCCGUCAGAACCAGAAGGCUAUGUUUGAUCACCUGAGUUACCUGCUUGAGAACAGCAGUGUGGGCUUGGCUUCUCCAUCAAUGAGAGGCUCCACGCCUCUGGAUGUAGCUGCUUCCUCCAUGAUGGACAACAACAGCCUGGCACUCGCAUUGGAAGAGCCUGACCUCGACAAGGUGGUCACAUAUUUGGCUGGCUGUGGGCUGCAGAGUUGUCCCAUGCUGCUUGCUAAGGGUUACCCAGACAUAGGCUGGAACCCGAUUGAGGGAGAACGCUACCUCUCCUUCCUCCGUUUUGCUGUCUUUGUCAAUGGUGAGAGUGUUGAAGAGAACUCCAGUGUAGUGGUGAAACUGCUGAUUCGUCGGCCUGAAUGCUUUGGUCCCGCCCUGCGUGGCGAGGGUGGAAACGGUCUGCUAGCAGCCAUGAAAGAGGCCAUUAAAAUAUCAGAGACCCCAGCACUUGACUUGCCUGGCACUGCCCAGGGCCUUGUGUCUACUGAGGAUGAUGAGGAGGAAGAGGUGGUCCAUAUGGGAAAUGCCAUCAUGUCCUUCUACUCUGCGCUUAUUGAUCUGCUAGGACGUUGUGCACCUGAAAUGCAUCUGAUCAAUAAGGGGAAAGGGGAGGCUCUGAGAGUUCGUGCCAUUCUGCGUUCUUUGGUGCCUAUGGAGGACCUGGUUGGCAUCAUCAGCAUCCCUCUUAAAAUGCCAGUUGUCAAUAAAGAUGCUACUGUGACUGAGCCCGACAUGUCUGCCUGUUUCUUCCCGGACCACAAGGCACCCAUGGUGUUGUUUCUGGAUCGGGUCUAUGGAAUCGAGGACCAGAGCUUUCUGUUGCAUUUGCUGGAAGUCGGCUUUCUGCCUGACCUCCGAGCUGCAGCCUCCCUUGACACAGAAGCUCUAAGAACCACAGAGACAGCUCUGGCUAUGAAUCGCUACAUUGGUACAGCUAUGCUGCCUUUGCUGACUCGCUGUGCCCCUCACUUUGCUGGUACAGAGCAUCACGUCACGCUUAUCGACUCCACACUCCACACAAUCUACCAGCUCAGCAAGGGUUCCUCACUCACCAAGGCCCAGAGAGACGCCAUCGAGGAGUGCCUGCUGGCCGUCUGCAAGUACUUGAGGCCUUCAAUGCUCCAGCAGUUGCUGCGUCGUCUGGUGUUUGACGUGCCUUUGCUCCCUGAGUACUGCAAGAUGUCUCUUAAGCUUUUGACAAAUCAUUAUGAGCAAAACUGGAAAUACUACUGCCUGCCCUCUGGUUGGGGCAGUUAUGGCAUGGCCUCUGAGGAGGAGCUGCUUCUCACUAAGAAGAUCUUUUGGGGCAUCUUUGAUUCUCUCUCCCAAAAUAAGUACGAGCAGGAGCUGUUUAAGAUGGCCAUGCCGUGUCUGAGUGCUAUUGCUGGAGCGCUGCCGCCAGAUUAUGUGGACUGUUCUCUUAGUGCCACACUGGAAAAGCCAGUCUCUGUGGAUGCACAGGGCAACUUUGACCCCCGGCCCAUCUGCACAGCCAACAUCUCUCUCCCGGAGAAGCUGGAGCAUGUCACUCACAAAUAUGCCGAACAUUCCCAUGAUAAAUGGUCUGCUGAGAAGGUUGUUCUGGGAUGGAAAUAUGGAGAUACCAUUGAUGAAAAAUCUAAAACACAUCCCAUGCUAAGAUCCUACAAGUCACUAACAGAGAAGGAAAAGGAUGUUUACCGUUGUCCGGUGAAGGAGAGUUUAAAGAGUAUGCUUGCAAUGGGUUGGAACGUUGACAGGACCAAAGAUGGAGAGGCCAUGUUUCAGCAAAGGGAGACUGAGAAGAUGCGUAAAAUCUCACAGACCUCCCAGGUAAAUGUUGACUGUGGAUUCAACCCAAGUCCAGUAGACAUGAGCAAUGUGUUGCUGUCUCGAGAAUUGCAGGCAAUGGUAGACGUGGUGGCUGAAAACUACCACACCAUUUGGGCCAGGAAAAAGAAGACUGACCUAGGAGCCAAAGGUGGAGGAACACAUCCCUUGCUGGUGCCAUAUGAUACUCUUACAGCGAAAGAGAAAGCCAGAGACCGCGAGAAAGCCCAAGACUUGUUUCGCUUCCUGCAGAUCAAUGGUUAUGUCAUUACCCGAGGAUUUAAAGACAUGGAGCAGGACUCGUCCUCAAUGGAAAAAAGGUUUGCUUAUAAGUUCCUGAAGAAGCUGCUGAAAUAUGUGGACUUUGCACAGGAGUUCAUUGCACAUCUGGACGGAAAGGGUAGCUGUGGAAAAAAUGACCGGUCUCCUCAUGAGCAAGAGAUCAAGUUCUUUGCAAAGGUGCUUUUACCUCUCAUAGACCAAUACUUCAAAAACCACUCUCUCUACUUCCUCUCCUCUCCCAGCAAAAACCUGAGCAGCAGUGGUUAUGCUUCCAACAAAGAGAAAGAGAUGGUCACCAGCCUUUUCUGUAAGCUGGCUGCUCUUGUUAGACACAGAAUCUCAUUAUUUGGAAGUGACUCGGCCACUAUGGUUAGCUGUCUUCACAUCCUUGCACACACACUUGAUACCAGAACAGUGAUGAAGUCUGGCUCCGAGCUGGUGAAGUCAGCAUUGAGAACAUUCUUUGAGAAUGCAGCAGAUGAUUUGGAGAAGACAUUAGAGAACCUGAAGCUUGGGAAGUUUACUCACUCACGUAGCCAGAUGAAGGGUGUAUCACAGAACAUCAACUACACCACUGUGGCUCUGCUGCCCAUACUUACUGCCCUGUUUGAGCACAUCACUGAGCAUCAGUUUGGAGUGGACCUUCUAUUGGAUGAUGUCCAGCUGUCAUGUUACCGAAUCCUGAAUAGCCUGUACUCUUUGGGAACUGGAAAGAACAUAUAUGUUGAAAGACAACUUCCAGCUCUAGGUGAGUGUUUGGCCACCCUGGCAGGAGCGAUGCCUGUGGCUUUUUUGGAGCCUCACCUCAACAUACACAACCCUUACUCUGUCUUUAACUCCAAGACAGCACGAGAACGGGCAAUCUUGGGCAUGCCCAGCAUGGUAGAAGAGAUGUGUCCAGAAGUGUCACAUCUGGACUGCCUGAUGAAGGACAUCAAUGACAUGUCUGAGUCAGGCGCUCGCUACACAGAAAUGCCUCAUGUUAUUGAGGUGGUACUUCCCAUGCUGUGUAACUACUUAUCCUACUGGUGGGAGCGUGGCACAGAGAACCAGGCCAAGAGCUUAACGACUGUGUGUAGCACCACGGUUACCUCUGAACACCUGAGCAUCAUCCUGGGGAACAUCCUUAAAAUCCUGAACAACAAUCUGGGCAUUGAUGAGGCCUCAUGGAUGAAGAGGAUAGCUGUGUAUGCCCAGCCUAUCAUCAGCAAGGCAAGAAAGGACCUUUUAAAGACACACUUCCUGCCCACUCUGGAAAAGUUAAAGAAGAAGACAGUGAAGGUUGUUUCAGAGGAAGAGCUUCUGAAAGCUGACUGCAAGGGCGACACUCAAGAGGCAGAGCUGCUGAUCCUGGAUGAGUUUGCAGUGUUGUGCAGAGACCUAUAUGCCUUUUAUCCCAUGCUUAUUCGCUAUGUGGAUAACAACAGGUCACGAUGGCUGAAGGAGCCAGAUGCCGAUUCCAAUGAGCUCUUCAGGAUGGUAGCAGAGAUCUUUAUACUUUGGUGCAAGUCACAUAAUUUCAAAAGAGAGGAACAAAACUUUGUGGUGCAGAAUGAAAUCAAUAACCUCUCCUUCCUCACUGGGGACAGCAAAACCAAGAUGUCGAAGGCAGGAGGACAGGACCAGGAAAGAAAGCACAAGAAACGGCGUGGUGAAUUUUACUCCAUCCAGACCUCACUCAUUGUGGCUGCUCUAAAGAAGAUGUUGCCCAUUGGCCUGAACAUGUGCACGCCUGGAGACCAGGAACUUAUUUCGUUGGCCAAGACGCGAUAUGGUUUGAAAGAUACAGAUGAAGAGGUUAAGGAGCAUUUAAGACAGAACAUGCACCUGCAGGAGAAGUCGGAAGACCCUGCUGUAAGGUGGCAGCUCCACUUGUAUAAAGAUGUGAUUGUGAAAAAUGAAGGCCCACCUGAUCCAGAGCGCACGGUUGAUCGUCUUCAGACCAUCUCAGCUGCUGUGUUUCACCUAGAGCAGAUGCUUAGUAAAUUUGCUUUGUCUUUAUAUUUACUGGUGGAACAACCACUAAGGUCCAAGAAGUGUGUGUGGCAGAAACUACUGUCUAAACAGCGAAAGCGUGCGGUAGUGGCCUGCUUCCGCAUGGCACCCUUAUACAACCUGCCCAGGCAUCGUUCUAUUAACCUGUUCCUCACGGGCUAUCAGAGAAUAUGGAUAGAGACAGAGACCUACUCGUUUGAAGAGAAGCUAGUGCAGGAUUUGGCAAAACAAGGAGUCGAGGAGGAAGAAGAGGAAGUUGCUGAAAUGCAGCCAGACCCUCUUCACCAGCUUAUCCUGCACUUUAGUCAUAAUGCUCUGACAGAAAGGAGUUCCCUAGAUGAGGAUUUGCUGUACAUAGCAUAUGCAGACAUGAUGGCAAAGAGUUGUGCUGAAGAUGAGAAUGAGGAUGAAGAAGGAAAAGAAAAAACAUUUGAGGAAAAGGAAAUGGAAAAACAGAAGACAUUGUAUCAGCAGGCCAGGUUACAUGACCGUGGAGCUGCUGAGAUGGUUUUACAGAUGAUCAGUGCCAGCAAAGGUUGGUUGGGUCCCAUGGUAACCUUCACUCUAAAGCUGGGCAUCUCAAAUCUCAAUGGGGGCAACAUUUUAGUUCAGCAGAAAAUGCUGGAUUAUCUAAAGGAAAAGCGAGAUGUUGGCUUUUUCAAAAGUCUGUCAGGACUUAUGCAAUCAUGCAGUGUGUUAGAUCUAAAUGCAUUUGAGAGGCAAAACAAAGCUGAAGGUCUGGGCAUGGUUACUGAGGAAGGUUCAAGUUCCAAGGUGCUCCAGAAUGAUGAGUUUACUAAAGAUUUGUUUAGGUUCUUGCAGCUUCUCUGUGAGGGUCAUAACAACGACUUCCAAAACUUUUUGAGAACCCAGACUGGAAAUACAACUACAGUCAACAUAAUCAUAAGCACAGUGGACUAUCUUCUGAGACUGCAGGAGUCCAUCAGUGACUUCUAUUGGUAUUAUUCUGGAAAGGAUGUGAUGGAUGAGGCCGGCCAGCGUAAUUUCUCUAAAGCUUUGGCCGUGGCCAAGCAGAUCUUCAACUCUCUUACAGAAUAUAUUCAGGGUCCAUGUAUAGGAAAUCAGCAGAGUUUGGCCCACAGCAGAUUAUGGGAUGCGGUUGUUGGCUUUCUGCAUGUGUUUGCUAACAUGCAGAUGAAGCUUUCUCAGGACUCCAGUCAGAUUGAAUUGCUGAAGGAGUUGAUGGAUCUACAAAAGGACAUGGUUGUCAUGAUGCUCUCCCUUCUAGAAGGUAAUGUUGUAAAUGGUACCAUUGGUAAACAAAUGGUUGACACCUUGGUGGAGUCCUCAAGUAAUGUGGAGAUGAUUCUCAAGUUUUUCGACAUGUUCCUCAAGCUGAAAGACCUCACCACUUCUGACAGUUUUAAGGAGCAUGACUCUGAUGGCAAAGGAAUAAUUUCUAAAAGAGAAUUCCAGAAAUCUAUGGAGAACCAGAAGCAGUACUCUCAGUCCGAGAUAGAAUUCUUACUUUCCUGUGUUGAGGCAGAUGAAAAUGACCUGUUCAACUAUGUUGAGUUUGUAAAACGCUUCCAUGAACCUGCCAAGGACAUUGGGUUUAACGUUGCUGUGCUGCUCACCAAUCUGUCAGAACACAUGCCUCAUGAUUCCCGCCUGGCCACCUUUCUGAACCUGGCUGAGAGUGUCCUUAAUUAUUUUGAACCCUUUCUAGGUCGUAUUGAAAUCAUGGGUGGGGCCAAGAGAAUCGAACGGGUCUACUUUGAUAUCAGUGAGUCUAGCAGAACCCAGUGGGAAAAGCCUCAAGUAAAGGAAUCCAAGAGACAGUUUAUCUUUGAUGUGGUGAAUGAGGGUGGAGAAUCAGAGAAGAUGGAACUCUUUGUGAACUUCUGUGAAGACACCAUCUUUGAGAUGCAGCUGGCAUCUCUGAUCUCUGAACCAGAUGCUGUGGAAAGGAAAGAAGGAGAUGAGAAUUUGCACAGUGUAACCCAUGAGCCUGAGGAAGAACAUGAAGAUGUCAUGCUGGAAUCUUCUUCAGCUUUUACGAUGGCCUGCGUCUCCAUGAGAAAAAACUUCUGCACCCUUGGCAAGUUGCUUACUCUGAAAAGCUUAAAAAAGCAGUACAAGAAGCUUAGGAAGAUGAGUCUGAGAGAGAUGAUCUGUGGAUUCCUCACUUUUUUCUGGACAAUCUUUUUUGGCAUAUUCCGCUUCCUUUAUAACUUGGUUUGGGGUUUCUUCCACAUUCUCUGGUCCACCAUGUUUGGAGGAGGCUUGGUGGAAGGUGCCAAAAAUAUGAAGGUGACAGACAUUCUGGGUAACAUGCCAGACCCCACACAGUUUGGCAUCCAUGGUGAUGUUCUAGAGACUGAUAAACUGGAGGUGAAUGAGACUUCUUUAGUGGCUGAGAUUGGCCAGCUUGCAGAGGCAGACAAUGAAGAAAUGGACCUCAUGUCAGAACUGCUGAGUAUCCAGCCCAAGAAAGAGGGAGGAAAGCAUGGUACUGAGCCUGGUCUUGGAGAUUUGUCUGAAGUGGCUGGAGUGGAUUCUCCAUCAUCAUUAGCUGCUGCUGUACGUCAGAAAAAGGCCCAGGAAGCUGCAACUAAAUCCACUGAGACUGAGACAAAAUCAGAAACAGAAAAAGCAGACACUGAGUAUGGGGAGAAAAGGGACAAAGACAAAGCUACAGAAUCACCCACAAAAAGGACAUCAGAUAAAAAGAGGAAGCCACCAAAGAGAAGAUGUGGGCUGAAGAAGGAACCACCAGAAGCCAUUAUGGCCAGUUUUUUUGCUGGCCUGGACAUUUAUCAGACAAAGAUUUUGAAUUACUUGGCUCGAAACUUCUACAAUCUGCGAUUUCUGGCUCUGUUUGUUGCAUUUGCCAUCAACUUCAUUCUGCUUUUCUAUAAGGUGAUUACUAUUGUUCUUUUAAAUGUGCAAAAUUGUCCUUACUUUUCAUAUUCUGAGGAAGUGGAUUCAUGGACAGGAAGAGGUGAUGAGGAGGAAGUUGGGAUUGAGUACUUUGUCCUACAGGAGAACACUGGUUACAUGGCACCUACGCUGCGCUUUCUAGCUGUAUUACACACUAUCAUUUCCUUUCUCUGCGUUGUGGGAUAUUACUAUCUAAAGGUGCCCUUAGUGGUGUUUAAGCGAGAAAAGGAAAUUGCCAGGAAGCUUGAGUUCGAUGGUCUUUAUAUUACUGAACAACCUUCAGAUGAUGACAUCAAAGGACAAUGGGACAGACUUGUAAUUAACACACCAUCGUUUCCAAAUAACUACUGGGAUAAGUUUGUAAAACGCAAGGUAAUAAAUAAAUAUGGAGACUUGUAUGGCGCGGAACGGAUUGCCGAGUUGCUUGGUCUGGACAAGAGCGCUCUGGACUUCAACCCGACUGAAGAGACCAUUGCUAAAGAAGCCUCGCUGGUAACCUGGUUAAGUUCCAUUGACACCAAAUAUCAUAUCUGGAAAAUGGGUGUGGUGUUUACAGACAAUUCUUUUCUCUACCUGGUAUGGUAUACUACUAUGUCCAUCCUGGGUCACUACAACAACUUUUUCUUUGCUGCUCACCUGCUGGACAUUGCUAUGGGUUUUAAGACCCUAAGGACCAUCCUGUCUUCGGUUACCCACAAUGGCAAACAGUUAGUGCUGACUGUAGGUCUACUGGCUGUGGUUGUGUAUCUAUACACCGUGGUGGCCUUUAACUUCUUCCGCAAAUUCUAUAACAAGAGUGAGAAUGAGGACGAGCCAGAUAUGAAGUGUGAUGACAUGAUGACAUGCUACCUUUUCCACAUGUAUGUGGGUGUACGUGCUGGUGGUGGAAUAGGGGAUGAGAUUGAGGACCCAGCAGGUGACCCCUACGAGCUUUACCGCAUCCUCUUUGACAUCACCUUCUUCUUCUUCGUCAUUGUCAUCCUUCUGGCAAUUAUUCAGGGUUUGAUUAUUGAUGCUUUUGGAGAGCUGAGAGACCAGCAGGAACAAGUGAAAGAGGACAUGGAGACCAAAUGUUUUAUCUGUGGAAUUGGGAAUGAAUACUUUGACACCACUCCACAUGGCUUUGAGACACACACUUUACAAGAGCACAACUUGGCCAACUACCUGUUCUUCCUGAUGUAUCUCAUUAACAAGGAUGAAACAGAGCACACAGGCCAGGAGUCAUAUGUGUGGAAAAUGUAUCAGGAACGAUGCUGGGAUUUCUUCCCAGCUGGAGACUGUUUCCGGAAACAGUAUGAAGACCAGCUAAAUUAGAACGAGUGAGAUUCCAACCAACCAGCCUAUCCUCUGAGCUGCAGGCAGUACACCAACUGCUUCACUUUUUCAGUUUGCAUUUAAAUGAAUGACUGCUGAUUCUAGCCCUAAACAUUCUCCUUCUCUUGCCGACUUGCAGUAGAAGACCCAAUGCGAGAGGUUCUUUGUUCUACUACAGAACUACAUGAUGCAUUCAAAUCCUAAUCGUUACCUCGGUCAGCAGUGUCAGUUUAAAAGAAACUGUCGUUUUACUCAGAAUGAUCUUGGGAUCUGGGUUACACUAUUUUUGUUAGAAAAACAUGUUGCCCUUUUGCCACAUAACCCUGAAACCACUGCACAAUGUUUUGUCUUUUGUGAACCUCAUGGUUGUGUGGGAUUAGGGAUCAACAUGGGAGUUUCUAUCUGUAUAUGCACAAAAACACAAUUUUAAUUUUUGUAGAGAAAAUAAUAAAGAAAUGCCAAAUGUUGAAUGAUGUGAAUGAUAAAAUAUUUACAGAGGACUUGCAUUUAAAAGAUAUGUUCAAGUUUUAGUAAACUGCUUGCUUAUGUUGUGCUUUGAGAUGAGAAUGAGUCUAGAUUUGAACAAUGGUUGGUCAUGCAAAUAAUCGCCUCCCAUAAAAUACUGAUAAAGUGCCUUAUUUUCAUGACGACUAAAGCUAUGCAAAACCCAUUUGGUUUUCUUUAUAUGUUAGCCAUUGUAGCUCUUUAAGGUAAAGCAUAAAGCAAAUGAUUUGUGGUUUUGGAUUUUUUUCUUUUAAAUAAGUAAAAAAUAAUAAGUCUUGCAAGUAGUACUAUUCUAAUAUGAAGUAAAAUGCACAAAAAGCAACAAAAAUAUGUUUAAAAUUCUACUGAACAGCUAAAAAAAAAAAAUGAAAGAGAACUGCUGUUGUAUGGCUAUUUCUGUGUAGUAGCCUUGCUGAAUUGUGAAUUUCUAUUUAAAUAUAAAAUAAAGAA